UCCCUUCAGUUCAGUCCGGAGGAGACCGCGGGCGGGGCGGCACGUGCUGUGCGCGCCUCGCGUUGCAUUGUUUUUGCUUUGUGCACCAUUGUUUAAUUCCAUCCGACUGUAAUCAAUACGAUAUAUGAGUGAAAAUACGGCCUACAAGUUCUACUAUUUUAGUGCUUAAUCAAACCGAUUGACAAUAAAGUGUAUUUCUGUAACCAAGUAGACUUGCUAGAAGGUGGCUUAUUGACAAGUGAAACUCUUUAUCGUCCCAUUAAUAUACGACGAUUCUGUUGGUUUUGUUAUUGAACAGUGAAUAAGUGAUCUUUGUUGUAAAGGAAAGCAUGCAAAUCGAUAGUCGAGUGGAUGCCCAGCUGUGAGUAGGGGAGAGCUCUUACUGUGCGGUUUAUUACUGGGUUGCAUAUUGAUUGCUUCUGUUCCGAGAUUAGUGGAAACUGUCAUUCGAUAAAGAAUCAUCUAUGUAACAAGUAACAAUUAAAAUCGAACAAGCUUUUAAAAUAUAUGGAAAGUAGGUUUGCUUAAGAGAUUGAAUCGCCACAACAUAGAUUGGAGCGAUAUUUGAAGACUGAAGUUCGUUAGGCCUUACACAACAUAAAAUAAGUCUUCUUUUCCCACGCGAUUGCAAGUGCUCGUGAUGGUGCGUUCAGACGAGAGCGUCAGAUAGCCGCGGCGCAGCAUGGGUGCGAACAUGGGCAAGAACUCGAGCCUGCUCGACGCGCUGCCCUCCGCGCAGGGCACGCUGCAUGUCGUCAUGCUCGGCCUCGACUCCGCCGGCAAGACCACCGCCCUCUACCGGCUCAAGUUUGACCAGUACCUCAACACCGUCCCCACCAUCGGCUUCAACUGUGAGAAAGUCAAAGGCACCAUCGGCAAAUCCAAAGGCGUCAAUUUCCUCGUCUGGGACGUCGGUGGACAAGAAAAGCUUCGCCCGCUAUGGAAGUCCUACACUCGAUGCACUGACGGCAUUAUAUUUGUCCUCGACUCUGUCGAUGUGGAACGUAUGGAGGAAGCUAAAAUGGAGUUGAUACGGACUGCAAAGUCGCCAGACAAUACCGGUGUACCGAUAUUGGUGUUAGCAAAUAAACAGGACUUACCAGGUGCAAAGGAACCGCGGGAGCUGGAAAAGCUGCUGGGGCUGCACGAGCUGGUGUCUUCGCCGCACGGAUCGCGUGACGCGCAUGCGUGGCACGUGCAGCCCGCCUGCGCCAUCACCGGCGAAGGACUGCACGAAGGCCUCGAAGCCCUCUACGAAAUGAUACUGAAGAGAAGAAAACUAGCCAAGUUGCAGAAAAAACGUGUCAGAUAAACUCUUGGACCCUGUUGAGUGGUUUUAAUUUAUUGACGUCGUGUACGAAAAAUGUAUCGAUAUCGAUUGUUAGAUAAGUAUUAUAAAUGCUCAUCGUCUGGAUGUUUUAUAUAAUGUCCGAAGUUGGAACACCAAAUAUUGUUUUACUAAUGAUAUGUGUAACGUCUUAUGAAAGUAUUCCAUCAUAAUGUUGCUCAAUUUGUAUUGAACAUUUUGAAGGAAAACUAAUAUUUUGAUAAAACUGAUUUAACUACUAGUCAUUUUCUUUUGAAAAUAGCUAGGUGAAGGAUGAAGAUACAGUUAAUAUUUCAGUUAAGUACUUAGGGUAUACUUACAUACUUACUAUUAUUUUACAAGAAUUUAUUACUUUAUUACCGUAUUUGAUAAUACCUGUAAGUAGAUAGAAACCUGAGCAUAUUCCAAUUGAAUCUGGAAAAAAUCAAAAUAAAUCAGUACAAUGAAUGAAUCAAUUGGUUUAACUAGAUUUGGUAUAUUAUUAAAGGUACUGUUUUUGAAAUAAUUGUAGAGUGAUUUUGUCCCAGAAUACGACAGAUUUUUUUUCAACAAUUUGUUUUCUACUUGUCUAAAUUCAAUUGGAGUAGACUUUAAAUGUUUGUAGAAAGAUCGUGAUAUGCGGCUCACAAAGUUGGGACCUAAUAAUGUAUGAGUAUACCCUAAGGGCCCUAUCUCACUAGGAUAUGGUGGAGCAACCACGGUUAUGCAACCAACUAAGUACUUGUAUGUAAUUGUAACAAUGCUACCUCACCUUGUGUCUUGUUGAUUGUCAACUGCAUACAUUUUCUUGAUGGUGCGAAUGUGGUAGCAAAUAAUAUUCUAGUGAGAUACGGCCGUUGUAGCACCUUAUUUUCUGUCAAUGAAAUAGGUAGUUCUUAAGGGUCGAGGUCUUUACAUGUUUAAAGACCCUUACGCAAGCCACCCUAAAUGUCGUUGCAACACGACUAACACAGAUAGCUGAACAUCUUUUGGAACUUACGCAUGUAUAACAUUUAGCAGUUUUUUGUAACCUAUUUAUUGAAUGUACAAUAGAUGAUGAUAUAAUGAACCGAGACAUCUGUAAUGCGUUCUUUCGAUCCAACGGUUGGAUCUAUAACAUAACAUAACAUAACAAAUACUUUAUUGCACAAACAGGAAAAAACAAAAUACAAAACAAAAGAGAAAUAGAAUUAGUACAAUAGGCGGCCUUAUUGCUAAGUAGCAAUCUCUUCCAGGCAACCUUUAAGUAUAGGAGAUAUAUGUAAGCAGGAGGUAGAACCACCGAAAAGAUCCUGAAGCAGAAAACAAUUAAACUUCUCUAUUCUUAUAUUAAUCCUAAAGCUGUCACAUCCUUCAUCUUUUUCAUAAUAUAACUGUUCAGUGUGUCAAUGUCGUGUCAUUAAUGAAUGGCCUUAUUUGACACCUUUCUUAGCAUCAAAUGUCUGCGCGCAAGUUAUUGACUCCAGCCGUGGUAUGUUAGCAGAGAGACGGAGGACGGACGGCACUUUGACUGAUUGCCGAACUGAGUGUCAAGCUCCCUCAGUCAUCCAAUCACUGUUUGUUUACCUCUCCCGUCCAGCUGCUCACAUACCUCAGGCGGUGACAAGAACUUGCAUGCAGACUUAUACCAAAAGUUCUUUAGUAGCCAGUUGAUAUUUUUAGUAUUUGUGAGUAGACAUAACAACCUCGUGAUCUUCUUUUACAAGAGGCUUUUAGUGUUUCCCUUGCGAUUGGCUUCUUCCUUUGUACAUAUUUAUGUAAAUACGUUAGAUUUUACUCGACAUCCAUCCAACAAAACCUAACUUUCCCUAAAACUUUGAUACAUUUAGUCAAAGCUUUUCAGAUUACAAUCAUAAAAUACAAAAUCACAAAUGACAAAGCUUUAACAUCGGACAUUUCAGUUCAUGCCCCUUCGGAAAACAAUACAUUUUAUAAUGAUGAUAAAAGAAGUCUGCGUCUAUGUCCUUUCUUAUGUAACAAUAGUUUUAUACUUAGGUGUAUUUAUUUAUUUACUCUCAUAGAAAGAUAACCUAAAGUAUCAUAAGGCAUUAUAUUGAAUUAAUAAGCUUUUACCAGAGUUUGUGUUACUCACAAUGUAAAUAUGUAAAUUCCAAUUAGAUAAUCGUCAAUACCAUGAAACCAAACAUUUGUAUCAGUAGACCGUGUAAAUUUUGUUAUUAAAAAUAUUUGUUUUUAUUGUAUUAUCAACAUUAAUGCAUAUUCGUAUUGUGUUUUAUGGAGAUAAUAGACGUUUUUCAUAUUGAUUCCCUAAAUAAAGUCUUGUUUUCAAUAAA